AGAGAGAUAUUGCGUGAGUGUCUGAGAGUGUGUGUGUGUGUGAGAGAGAAAGAGACAGACAGACUGAGGCACUAGGUAGAGGGGAACCACGGAGACGGGGGAGUCUUGAGAGACUGAAAGGGAGAUAGAGAUAGAGCGUGUCAGGGGAAGAGAAACCUUGGGAGGAGGAAGAGAGCGUAUAUAAAUAAAGGAAGGAAGGAAGAGGCAGAGAGAAAGAGAAAGAGAGCGGGACAGGAUGACGGAGCCUGAGCUGAAAUCACGGAGCAGUCGGGAGAGUGUUAACAGGGCUGGGAGCCAGGAGAAGAUGGAGGUGACGACCGAGGCAGUACCGAACGAGGAUGAAAUUGUGCAGGACAAGCCCCCGUCCCCCUCCUCUCCCCUGGCCGGCCCCUCCUCUCCCCUGGCCGGCCCCUCCAACCCUGCCCCUGCCCCUGCCGAGGGCACCCCAGCCAAGCCGGGCAAGAUCGAGCUGAAACGCAGCAUCACGCUGUUCAACGGCGUGGGCAUGAUCAUCGGCACCAUCAUCGGCUCUGGCAUCUUUAUCACGCCCACGGGCGUGGUCAAGGAGACGGGUUCGGCCGGCCUCUCCCUGGUGGUGUGGUCGAUAUGCGGGGUGAUCUCCACCAUGGGGGCUCUGUGCUAUGCCGAGCUGGGCACCACCAUCACCAAAUCCGGAGGAGACUACACCUACAUCCUGGAGGUGUACGGGGAGCUGGCCGCCUUCCUCAAGCUGUGGGUGGAGAUGCUCAUCAUCCGACCGUCCUCCCAAUACGUGGUCUCGCUGGUGUUCGCCACCUACCUGCUCAAGCCGCUCUACCCUCACUGCAGCGUGCCCGACAGCGCUGCCAAGAUCAUCGCUUGCCUGUGUCUCACCACGCUGACGUUUGUCAACUGCAUCAGUGUGAGAGCAGCCACCAAGGUCCAAGACCUCUUCACCGCCUCCAAGCUACUGGCCCUCAUCAUCAUCAUCAUCUUCGGCUUCAUCCAGAUUGGUACAGGUGACGUGCCAUAUCUGAUGCCGGACCGGGCGUUUGAAAACAGCAAAUGGGGGGUUGACAACGUCGUGUUGGCUCUGUACAGUGGACUCUUUGCUUUUGGAGGCUGGAACUACCUCAACUACGUGACUGAAGAGAUGAUCAACCCAGAAAGGAACCUGCCCCUGUCUAUCAUCAUCUCCAUGCCCAUUGUGACGGUGGUGUACGUCCUGACCAACCUGGCCUACUUCACCACCAUCCCUCCUGAAGUGAUGGUGGAAUCACAGGCGGUCGCUGUGAGCUUUGGAGAGUACCAUCUUGGGGUCAUGUCCUGGCUCAUCCCAGUCUUUGUGGGUCUGUCCUGUUUUGGUGCCGUUAACGGGAGUCUGUUCACGUCAGCACGGCUCUUCUACGCUGGCGCUCGAGAGGGCCAGCUUCCUGCUGCGCUAGGAUUGGUCCACACUGACCUCUUCACCCCAGUGCCCUCCCUCAUUUUCACUUGUUUCCUGUCCAUGCUGUAUGCCAUCUCCCAGGACAUCUUCUCUGUCAUCAACCUGUUCAGCUUCUUCACCUGGCUGUGUGUGGGCAUGGCCAUUGCCGGGAUGCUCUGGCUGCGUUGGAAAAAACCAGAACUCCACCGGCCAAUCAAGAUCUGCCUGGUGAUCCCCAUUGUGUUCGUGCUGGGCUGUGUGUUUAUGAUCGUGGUGUCCUUCUGGGCCGCACCCUUCGAGUGCCUCAUAGGAACGGCCAUCAUCCUCACCGGCAUCCCGGCCUACCUGCUGGGCUACAAGUGGAAGAAGCCUCACGUCAUCCAGAAGGUUCUCGAGAUCUUCACGAUGUUCUGCCAGAAGGUCUUAAUGUCCGUCCCGGAGGAACGAGAAGUGCAUGAAUCUGCAGAGUAGUCCUGCAUGGGGUUCCCGACUCCCAAAAGGGACGGGGGAAGCGUUUCAGAGCGUUACUUUUGUUGCUCGACUUCCAUGACUGCUGGUAAAGUUGGGUUGAAGAGAAUGUAUUCUGUACUUUGGCGUAUUGUUAUUUUUCUCGUUUUUAUUUUAUUUUUACAUUUUCGUAGGAAUUAUUUGUACCUUGCCCUGAGUCCUUAAACUAUUUCUGCUACUUGUGAAUUACUGUAUUAACUACCUGAGAAGCAUGUUUGGAAAAGAUUAAUGUGAGGACAGUGUGCUAAACUUCACUAACAAUAGACAAGAUAAAAAUGAACCAUUAUGUAAUCAUAGUUGUACUAAAUAACUUUAUGUAGUGAUUAAUUCAGAUUCGGAUUCAACACAGUGCAGGGUUAAAGAAACAAGCAUUUCGCUGUAUUUACGAUAAAACCUAACCCUGAACAAAAACAAGAAACAUUCAGGGAAAUACAUCAACACAUUAAUUAAUCUUCCCCCCAAAAAAUCAAACAUUUUACAAUCGAGUUAUUAUUUUCUGUCAGUUUAUACUCUUUUACAAUUACAAUGAGGCUGGUCAAAGCUGGUUUGUGGCUCCCAAAAAAAUUCCUCAAGUCAAUCACGAAAGGAUUUGUACCCAGCACUACCGAAAGCACAUAGUACAGAGUGACGUUGUCUUGUCUUGUGCUCAGAUGUGUUGCCUUAAGAUUGUUAUUGUGAUGCAGCUCUGUCUUGUGUUGCCUAACCCUCCGUAUACCUCAUCCUUCAAGCCAUGCCUCAUAACACCGUAGUCAAUCUUCUUUUGAGAUGUUUAUAUAUCGUAUCAUGACUAUGACACACCUGAAGAUACCAGCAGUGUUCUAGGCAUCACACCGUACUGGUGAACUUGGACGUUCCCCGUCGAUAAUCAUGUUUUUUUUUCUCCACUUUAACAAGGACCACAUUCUUAUGUCUGUGUUUUGUAAUGUUUUUUCACUCCCUCGCACAUGACGACGUGUGCCUAUACCAGAAUGGCCGUCUGCUACUGAUACUUUGGUAAUUUCAGACAUUCAGACCAGAAUGAAUGUUCCAAGUUCUGUAGCUUAACUGAUAUCAGAGAUGGUUGUUUGACCGGAAUCUUUUUGUCAUAUUGAAAGUAAAUCAUACAACUCUCCCUAGCCCAGUUUGAACCUAUUGGAGCUGGAAAAAGCACAAAGUAGCACAAACAAGGAAGCCAGCAGGAUCUAAUAAUAUUAUGGGUGAGGGAGGAGAAAAAAGAACUGUUGUUUUUGCGACACUGCUUUGGGGAGAGUUCCAUACAAAACCCCACAACUUAAUUAAGACGCUUCUUUUGUUUAGAUGACGUCCAUGUUUUUUUUGCGAUUAUGCAAUUUGUGUAAUGCUACAAUAUCCUAGUCUGACAAACAUCAGUGGAUUGGAAAAAACUGUCAAUGGCACUAUAACAGCAAACAGGAAGCACAAUGUUAAGAGUAACAGGAAUGUGAAAUUAUUGACUACAGUUUACAGUCAGACUGAAUACUGUACAUUUAAUGUGGGGAUGGAUUACCAAUUUUUGUUUUGAGUAUAAAUAUGCUACAUACUAAAAUGUGACUUUACAAAUGGCCACCACAAAAAAACCCUUCUUGAGUCCUCUUUGUAGUCACUGUCCUAAAUGUGAGGCACAACAUACUGUGCUGUUGUUCAGGUGUGUACAAAGUAUCAAGUACCAUGUGUAAUAAGUAAAAUCUUUGAUUGUAUUGUUUGCAUAUUGGAACUUUAUGAGAAAAAAAAAUGUUGUUAGUUAAACUUAAUUGUUAGUGACCGUUGUGGGUACAUGUCGGCUGCAAUUAAAACUAUUUUUGUUCAAACUUGAGUGUGGAG